AUGAGGGAACUUACAAACAGCUUAGAUGGAUCACCGUUGAUGAUUGGGGGGGAUUUCAACACCAUUUUAACCCCGGGGGAUAGGGCUGGCAGCGACACCAACCGCCAAGCCGAGAUGGUUGAUUUCACGGAAACCAUUGAAGAUUGCAGACUUCUUGACCCGGGUUUUGAUGGUUCGGAUUAUACCUGGGCCAAGAACGGGCUAUUUGAGAGGUUGGAUAGGGUCUUGAUCAGCGAGAUGUGGUCUAGAACCUUUGAGGCAUCAAGGGUGACAAACCUUCCUCGGGUGUCCUCGGACCAUGGGCUGGUUCUUGUUCGAUGCAAAAUGGCGAACACCUCUUCCCCAGGGAGGGCCUUCCGUUUCCAAAACAUGUGGAUACGGCAUGAAGGAUUUUUGGAUUUGGUUCGUGUGGUUUGGGCACAACCCUCGGGUGCUCAUGGCCUUCUUGGUCUCCAUAUCAAACUUGCCAAAACUAAAAAGACCCUCAAGCGGUGGAAUAGAGAGGUGUUUGGGAACAUACAAACCAACAUAAAGAAUAUAGAGGUGGAGAUUGCGGCGGCUCAAGCUAACUUUGAAGCUGACCCCUCGCCCACUAACAGGACGAGGAUCAACAAAUCUAUUGCUAUAUGGAAGAAGAUUUCUGGCUGCAAAAAGCAACCAUGA